UCAGUGUUGAGGUGGUGAGGAGGUGAGUGGCGGCCAUUCGAACGUUAGCACGUGUCACCAUAGUUACAGACCGGACGUCGGACGCAAAUUGAGCUCGUGCGGUUUCAAGCCGUGCUUUUCCCGUUACCGUUACCGUGAGCUUUUAGCCGCCAUGUCAGAAAAGUCUCCUCUUCUACAUUACCGACUCACCAGCAGCACCGGUACCGAGCCCAGAGAUGUGUCCAAACACAGCCGGCUCAAGGCGGGGAGAGGCGGCCGACGAGACAAGAAAAAAACCGGCCCGAAGCUCGGAGUGUUGUUAGGCGUGGUCAUGCCGACGUUACUGUCCAUGUUUAGCGUGGUUGUGUUCCUGCGGAUCGGAUUUGUUGUGGGUCAAGCAGGACUCUACCAAUCCAUUGCAAUGUUUCUGGUGGCUUACUUCAUUAUCACGAUGACUGUGCUGUCUGUCUGUGCCAUUUCCACCAAUGGGGCUUUAGACGCUGGAGGUGCCUAUUACAUGAUAAGCCGAGCUCUGGGUCCAGAGUUUGGCGGCAGCAUUGGCAUAAUGUUUUUCUUUGCCAAUGUGUGCGGCAGUGCUCUCUACAUUUUGGGUCUGGUUGAAGCUAUCCUGUCUUCCUUUGGUGUCCCAGUCGACGGUGUUGCAAAUCUCCAUCAGGUGUUGCCUUCGGGAUACUGGUGGUCUCUGCUUUAUGGCACUGUCUUGCUCUUCCUGUGUUUCAUUGUUUGCUUGGUGGGAGCCCACAUCUACGCCAAAGCCACCUUUAUUAUCUUCAUCAUAGUCACGACAGUCCUGGCUUCUACCUUCAUUAGUUUCUUCAUUGUGCGGCCUGUUGUGGUGAUUUUGCCAGAUAGUUCUGGUUUAAAUGGUACCGGCCUGAGCACUGCCAAUUACUCUGGCUUCCAGCUCCACACUCUGGAGAGCAACCUAUUGCCUAAUUACACAAUAGAUUACACCACUGGUACCAUGAUGAGCUUUGCCACCGUGUUCGCUGUCAUGUUCAAUGGCUGCACUGGAAUCAUGGCAGGCUCCAAUAUGUCAGGCGACCUGAAAAAUCCCAGCUAUUCCAUCCCAAGAGGAACGCUUGCAGCUGUUCUUACAACUUUUAUUACAUACAAUCUGCUUAGUCUGCUGGCUGCGUGGUCCUGUGACCGUCGCCUUCUCCAAAGAGACUACAGUUUCCUGGGAGACAUCAAUAUAUGGCCCCCUCUGGUGACAACUGGGGUUUACUCCUCCACCGUGUCUGCUGCCAUGAGUAACCUGAUCGGUGCCUCCAGGAUCCUGUAUGCUCUGUCCAAAGACAACCUGUUUGGUGGCGUCCUGUCUGUGACGAGGAAAACAUCUCGAAAUGGGAACCCCUGGGCUUCAGUGCUUGUCUCCUGGUUGCUUGUACAGGUGGUGCUGUUUGCUGGUAAAUUGAACACAAUUGCCAGUGUUGUGACUAUCUUCUUCUUGUUGGUCUAUGCUGCUGUGAACCUGGCCUGCUUGGCUCUUGAAUGGGCUUCUGCACCAAACUUUAGACCCUCUUUUCGUUGUUUUACAUGGCAUACCUGCACUCUGGGCAUUCUUGGCUGCCUGGUCAUGAUGUUCUUCAUCAAUGCCAUCUAUGCAUUCGCCAGCAUAGCCUUUAUGCUGCUGCUCCUAAUGCUUAUCCACUACCUCGGUCCCAUCAGCAAUUGGGGCUACAUCAGCCAGGCUCUUAUAUUCCACCAGGUGCGCAAAUACUUGCUGCUGUUGGAUGUUCGCAAAGAUCAUGUAAAAUUCUGGAGGCCCCAGGUGCUGCUGAUGGUGGCAAACCCUCGCAGCCGUAUAGGUCUUAUGACUUUCAUUAAUGACCUGAAGAAGAGUGGCCUUUAUGUACUGGGACACGUGAAGCUGGGUUUAUUAGAUGGGUUGCCCUCCGAUCCUCUGCAAAACAGUUAUGACUCAUGGCUAUCUCUAGUGGACCAUCUAAACAUUAAAGCAUUUGUCAACCUUACACUGGCUGACUCAGUACGGCAUGGAGUUCAGAACCUGCUUUUUAUCACAGGCUUCGGUGGAAUGAGGCCUAAUACCCUUGUCUUGGGUUUCUAUGAUGACUGCCCCCCUGAAGACUACCUCCAGUGUAACAUUCUAUCUACAAACCACGAUUUGGAUGCAUCGCGCGCAUCCAUGGAGCCCCAAGAGCAACCGUCUCCCUUCUUCCCCAGUGUGCGGGGUGCUGAGGAACCUAAAGACCUUCAGGAAGAGGAAUAUGUGUCAGUGAUUGCAGAUGCUGUAAAAAUGGGAAAGAAUGUGGCACUGGCUCGCUACUUCAACCAAUUUAACCGGAAGGAGGUCUUGGGGUCAGGAAAAAAGCUCAGGGGCAACCGAAGUACGAUAGGGCCAUUUAUUGAUGUGUGGCCUUUGAAUCUACUUCGACCAGACAGUCGCGGUUAUGUGGACAUCUGCUCGCUGUUUAUGUUGCAGCUGGCCAGCGUGCUUCAUGAGACCCGUGCCUGGAGCCAGGCAAGACUCCGCCUAUUCCUGUGUGUGGAAGCUGGUCGUGGUCUAAAGGAAGAAGAGGAGACAAAGCUCCGGGAGAUGCUAAAGAAGCUUAGGAUAUCAGCUCAGGUGCAAAUGGUGCCGUGGGACCAGGUGGUGGCUCUGCACUGGCAGAGACAAGGAGGAGAGGAGAGUGCAAAUCUGGAGUCCGCACAGAAUGAAGAGAGGAAGGAGAGACAAGACGAAGAGGACGCUGAGAAGGAAGAUGGUGUCCAGCAAUUUCCAAGCAAUGCUGCUCAGCUGACCGAUGAAUAUAUCUGUGCUGUCAACAAUUUGAUUCGUAGACACGGUGCCCCUCAGCCUGCUGUGCGUUUUCUGUAUUUGCCACGCCCACCAGCAGACCAAAGCCGUUACCAUGCCUACCUACACCACUUGAACCUGUUGAGUCAAGAUUUGGGCCCAACAUUGCUCAUUCACGGAGUCACUCCUGUGGUCACAACUGACCUCUAAAAUGUUACUAUCAACUCUUAAUCUGUCAGCCACCCUGGUCUGGUAUUAUUUGUUAAAGGGACCACCAACUUACUCGACUGAUAUUUAAGCUGUCAACCACAGUAUCAGACCUGACAGACCAGUUUUAUACUUGAAUCAUGCCCAAAUUUUGCAUUUCUAAUUAAAUUUUGAAAGUUUACCUUGAAGUAUUAUGACACAUGGGGAAAAUAGAUUUGAUGUUAAGUUUACUUACUGAAAAUGAUGACCACCAUGGAUGUAGUGGCAUGCAAAGUUGCACAUUUUGUGGGGUGAAAGGCAGAAAGGUCCUUGCAUGUCCAUCUUAACAUCAGCAAGAAGUAUAUCAUUUGUUAAAAUACAGUUACUGUUGGGGGGAUUAUUGAACAUUGUGGACUUUGACUUUUUGUACAUGUUAUUACAUAAAUAAAUUUAAUUGUUGUAUUGCUU